CAUUUCUUUAAACGCUUUACAGCUUUUUUACUUCAAUUCCAUUCCAAGUCUAAAUACCAUAGUGAUAAAAUUCCAAUAUUUCUCGAGUCUAGUCAGGUCUGGUCUUAGUUCAUUCUUUGGGCAGAAAACUUUUGGGUUAGAUUGUUCUGAAUCCGCAAAAAGAGAGAAGAAAACGAAGAUGGCGGACGAGAAAGAUGCCACGUCAGUGCCACUCAGUCAAAGCGUUGAUGAAGAAGAUCCCGAAAACCCAGUUAAAUCUUCCCCCAAUUCGUCCAAUUCUUCCACCCGUAAGGCUUGCUGUUUCUUCCUUCAAAGUUGGGUUUCGAAGAAGUUCAUGACUGGAUGUGUGGUACUCUUCCCUGUUGCAGUUACGUUUUUUGUCACAUGGUGGUUUGUUCAGUUUGUUGAUGGUUUCUUCAGUCCACUAUAUGAGCAACUGGGCAUUGACAUUUUUGGACUUGGAUUUGUCACAUCCUUAGUUUUUGUCUUCCUUGUUGGCGUUUUUGUAUCAUCAUGGCUGGGUGCCACAGUUUUCUGGAUUGGAGAAUGGAUUAUCAAGCGAAUGCCUUUUGUGAAACAUAUUUACUCGGCCUCCAAGCAAAUCAGUGCUGCUAUUUCUCCUGACCAAAACACAACUGCAUUUAAAGAAGUUGCUAUUAUCCGUCACCCACGUGUUGGUGAAUAUGCCUUUGGAUUUAUCACUUCCACAGUCCUCCUUCAGAGAGAUGAUGGAGAUGAAGAAUUGUGUAGCGUAUUUGUUCCAACAAACCACUUGUAUCUUGGUGACAUAUUGUUAGUCAACUCUAAGGAUGUCAUAAGGCCAAAUUUGUCAAUUCGUGAAGGCAUAGAAAUCAUCGUUUCUGGCGGCAUGACAAUGCCACAGAGGAUAUCUCCUGCAGACCGAGUUGCUCGACAAAAUGAAAGAAUCCCUCUAAACAGAAUUGUUUGAUUGUCAGAGUAGUGAUUUUUUUGAUUUAUAACAACCAUUCCAUUGUAUUAUACCCGAAGUCCUGGUUGGUGACAGGAAGUUAGAGUUAAACUCGCCAGUUUAAUCUGAUUGACUGUUGAAAACUUGCAUGAAACCAGAUACCUAUAUAUUUCACACACUGGUUGUAUA